CAGCGGCCGCCGCGUUCGAACGAACGAACGAGCGCAACCAUUCCGUUUCCAACCUCUCGUCCGGGAAGUUGUGUGCUGUGUGUGCUGCGUUGCUCCGGAGCCUCUGGAGAUCGGUUCCCGUCGAAACGGUUUCGUACCGGCACGGCUUCCGAUAGACAGAGAAAGUGCAAUCAUCAUCUUCAACAUCCUCAACUUGAUCUUUGUGAAUGUUAAACGAUCGAAAACGGAGUGAAAAGUGAUUUUGCCAAUUUUGUGUGCUUGUCUAUGUGUGUGUGUGUUUGUGUUUGUAAAACAGUGAAUAUUCGAGGUCGUCUUCCAUUACACAAAAAAAAAGAAUAAUUACCCACCCCAAGUUACGUCGGAAGUGAGUUUGUGAGAAGAUUUUGCCAAGAUUUUUCCCCUAGCUGCAGCAAAAAAAAAAGAAGAAAAAAGUGAAACGCAUUUUUUCGCGUCCGGUGUGUCAUUGCACAGCAACAAAAAGUUCUUUCCCUUCUGCGACCUCUCGAGCUCGCUCUCUCUCUCUCUCUCUCUCUCUCUCUCUCUCUCUCUCUGGAGAUGAUUAAUUGAGCUGAGUGUUUUUUGGAGGAAACGUGUAAAAAAGGACACUGCAGUGAUUGCAUCACCGAAAGAGGGUCGUGUGACACCCAGCCGGAGCAGUCCGUGGUGAAGGCAAACAGCACCGCGCAGCGCAUGUAUGGAGCGACGCUUUUCGUGCGGAUCCGGAUAGUAUGAAUAGUUUAUCGACCGGCCGCCGUCGCAACGCAAACGACAAACACUUAACCCCCCCCGGACCCGAUGCGAUAAUUGGCCCGGCACCACGAUGAGAUGGUUUAAACGAUCGACCGAGUCGCCGAAACUGCUCAGCCUGUCCCCGCUGCGACACUCCGAGUCCGGGAAUGUGUACGGCGGUAAUGAACCACCGUACGCCGGGCUGGCUGCACACGAUCACGCCCGGACAACGAUCCGGCGGCGCAGUGCGGGCGAUGGCGGUGGACUGUUUGGGAUGAAUCCGGCCGGUGGUGGUGAUGGUGAAGGACACGAGGAGCCACUGUCAGUGCCGGCGGGCCUGUCCAACUCUCCGUCCAGCUCGUCCACUACGUCCGGUUCGUCCAGUUCGAGCGUAUCCUCACCGUCGUCCACCUCCAACUCGUCCAGCUCGUGCACCACGAGCAGUUCGCCGUUUUCCUACACCAGUGACAGCAAGGGCAGCAGCGUCAGCAGUACCGGUACGCACAAGAUCCUACAGUCCGGAACCGCCACCAUACCCAGGAAGUCCCGUAUAGAUCUAUCACCCGUCAACUGGACCAAGCGCACCGGAUCGUCCGGCAUCAACUGCUACAGCAUCGAGGAAGGGCGGGUUAUCGAGCGACCGAAAGGUCGUUACGUUUCACCGGUACGCAUCAAAAACAAGCAGCAAGCGAUCGCGAACGCAGCAACAACUGGCAGCAGUACAGUGCAAGCUACCACCAGCUCCACCACUGCCGCUGGCAAUUCACUAUCGUCUGCCACCACGACCACAACCACACCCGUGACGCGACGCAUACUGCAACGGGCCGAUAAGGGUGCGGAUGUGUCCGUCAACGGCGGUAUCGCAUCGUCCGGCGGUGGUUCGUCGCUGUACAAGCAGCUAAGCCGCUCGAUUGGCAAUAUUGUCGAUACGAUCGAGAGUCGCAGCCCGUCCCUUAGCCAGCGGUCGAUACCGUACCGGGAGAAGAAGAAUCCGCUCGGCAGCACGCGGCUGUCCUGCUAUCAACCGAUCAGUCUUGAAACGCGAUCGACCGGGGAGAAAGAGGAAGACGAGGACCCGGAGCAACCACCGCCCAAUCGAAGGAAGUAUGGUGGUGCCACGGCGGUCGACAGUGCAACACUGCGAGUGCAAAAAGUGCGCCAUCCGCUCUACAAAUCGGUGGACGAUCUGAUCUUUCUCGGCUCGACCGGUGACGUUAUUGUGCCCGCGAGCAAACCGGCCGAACCGUCGCCGGCAGCAAGUCCACGGCAGCAAAGCACGCUGCAUCGGCUAGCGGCGUCUGAUACGAGGCGCAACCAACAUCAGCUGCAGCGCGCUAUCACGGUGGAUGUGGAGAGCGAACGAAACAGUGGGCCAACCGCAACCGCAACCACCGAUCGGCGCUUAUCAUUCCCGCAAGGCACGGAACGGGGAACGGUGGUGGACCGUGACGCACUGCCCCCAGCGGCCAGCACAGCUAGCGAAGUACCAAAGAACGAAGGCGACGCCACGAUGAUGGAUCCGGGCGAUCACGACGAGACGUACGGGUUCGCCCAGAUGCGCACCACGCUUGGGCCGAUUGAGACGGCCUACCGGUUGCGGCUGGAAGCGUUCAAGCACGAGCCGGGGAAUGGGGUUGAUGUGGCGCCGGCACCAUCAUCCGCCGGCUCGUCCACGUUCAAGACGCCAAAGAGGAAGGACAACUUUACCAACAAAAUCCGGGCGAUGUCCGAUCGCACCCAGAAGCUGUUCUCGCGCAUCUACUCCACAAAUAGUGGUGCUGGUGGUACUACGAGCGGACAGAAGGGAUACCAUCUGUCGACUAGCAAGUCGCUGAAGAAGUCGACCGGGAAGUUGUCGGAGGCGAGCAGGAGGAGUGUGAGCUAUGGUGCGUUGCCCGGGUUGGCGGACUUCCAGCAGGGUGUGGCCAAAGAGCGAGACGAUACGUACGAAGAUGUUGGGAAGGAGCCGGAUGCUGUUCCUCAGGACAAACCACAACAGCACCAGAUGGAUGAUCUCGAUGCGGAUCUUCUUGUGGGUGGUGGAACGGUGAUUGCGAUCAGUGGAAGUACCGGACACACGGACGCGGAGGAUGGAGAUUCAGGCAUUCUGGUGAACGAAUCUGGCGCCUCGUCCAUACUCGAAACGGACGACGUGUUCCAUGAACAACAGUUGAUUGGUGGACCAAGAAUUCCGAGCAUACCUACUAAGGUACAUCAUCAUGGCGGAGUGGCGGAGGCGACAGAGUUUAAGCUGGUCACGAUCAGGUUGGACGAACCCCUGGGUGAGCUGAUGGAUGUGCCGGGUGGUGAGGAUGGUAGUGGACUCGGUAUCAUUAUCGCACCGAUUGCGACCACCGAGGGUGAGGUCAGCAAUCGGUACAAGGUGGCCCACGUACUGCCCGGAGGACUUGUUUGCAGGGAAGGUUCGAUAAAGCCGAACGAUGAAAUUGUCAACAUCCUCGGGAAGCGACUGCGCGGUCUGUCGAUGCGUCAGGUGCAGGAGUUGCUCAACAGUUGCGCCCGCCGUGGUACUGGCCGCACCAGCAUCGAUCUUGUCAUUUGUCGCAGCAGGGCAAACGGCACCGAUCAUCACCAAGACGACGACGAUCAUCAUCAACAGCAGCAGCAGCAAAGGCUACCGUCGGUAAAUCGACGGCUGUUCCGCAAUAGCCGCAAGAUAUCGCUCGACUCGUACCUGGAAGACGAACGACCGGAUCACAGUGGAAGCGAGACGGGAUCCGAGCAGGAUACGACCAACUACACGUCGAUUGCUAUCAAAAUCGAUGGUAACAAGUACAACACGCUCGGAACGCCCCGACGAUCGAAGCAACCACUCUCGAUGGUUUACAAACAGCAGCAGCAGCAACAGCAGCAACACCAACAACAGUCACCACAAUCUCAGCCUCCUUCGAUUGGCAGCAUCGUUGCCUGCGACGGUAUCCCCAGCACGGAGGUGGACUCUCAGCCACCCUCCCUCGACUGCGCCAAGCGUCGUUCGUUCACCAAAAAUGUCACCCCAACGCAACCCUCCAACACGUCCUCGAAAGUCGUGCGCCGCUCGCUGGUCGGCAAACAGUCCAACAGUCCCGCCCAAGCCUCACCCCAGCCGGUGACGACCGCCCGCAGCACCAUGAACCUGUGCGACGACGAAAAGCUGGAACUGCACGCCUCCACCUCGGACGAUGCAGAAACGAGCAGUGGGACGAGUUCGCUCGAGCUGGACAAAUCGACCGCAAGCAACUUCUGCACACUGCCCCGCAGGCCCAAAUCGUCCGCCCUUUGCUCGUUCCACACGGUAGCGUUCGAGAAGGGACCGGGCAAGAAGUCGCUCGGCUUUACGAUCGUCGGCGGACGGGAUAGUCCCCGCGGUGCGCUCGGGAUCUUCAUCAAGAGCAUCCUGCCGACGGGCCAGGCGGCGGAAGAUGGACGGUUGCGGGCGGGCGAUGAGGUGCUGGCCGUCAAUGGGCAGGUGUGUCACGAUCUUACCCAUCUCGAGGCGGUGAAGCUGUUCAAGAGCAUCAAGACGGGCGAGAUCGUGCUGCAGCUCUGUCGGCGCAACAAGUCCGCCCAUCGGUCGAUGGACAUCGAUGCGAAUGCGUGUUGAGGGGGAGGAUGGUGGGGAUUUGGUUUUUUCUCGUAGCAAGACUAAUUAGCUGGUAAAGCAAGUAAGCGUGUCUGUGUGUGUGUGUAAAGGAAGGGAUGUUGAUCCUUUGUAGUAGGUUGGGUUAGGACAGAUCAGGGUUCUACUUAGUAGACAGUGGAAAUAGUUAAUAGCGCUGGGUGUAAAUAUGCGAGAGCACUGGUUCCACUCUCCAGAAUCACUUGAACCUUCAUUGGAGUGUGUUGAGUAAGUGCUGUAGUAAGUUGUGUCGUAAGUAAAGAUGUCUGUAUGUAUGUGGUAUUGCAUAUUAUUAAAAAUUAUAAACAGAAAUAUCCUAA